AUGGAUUUCAUCAAGACCAGUUCCCUGCGUGCUCUGAUUGAGUUAACUUUCCAACGCAACUGGAAUGGCCUCAUUUGGAUGAGUAGAAAAGGAGUUACAACCAAAAGAGUGAAGACUGGUCCAGACGGCUCUAUCGAGAAUCAGCGCCCAAACCGCGCAGACCGGCUGGCCGAGAAACGUUGUUUCACGCUCGGCCAGAAUCACAUCCGUCCGUCUGAAGUCUCGGCCAAAGUUCAAACGUUCGGCCGAUACGCAUCACGACCCGGGAAACAUGUCCCGCGGUCGGCCACGCCACAACCGCUCACGCCAUGCGCCACGACCAUGCCGCGCGAGCCGGGAAACAAGCCUCGCGGCCGCGCAACCUGUCUCGUACCACGGCCGAUGCGCCGUCCGAGCCGGGAAACUACGUCCCGCGUCCGGCCGAGAAAUCAUCGGCCAAUCUUCACCGUCCGACCACAGCGGCCGACCACGAACCGUCCGGCCACGACCGUUCCGAUCGUACUAGGAGCGGCCAUGACCCGAUCAUCCGGCCGAUCGUCCCGACCGACCGUCCCAACGCCGCGGUCGACCCGAAGCCCGUUUUGA